UGUUCUGKGCUCGCAGCUUUCCAGGGCGGAUAAAUACCACAGUCACUCCCUUUCUUUGGGGGCAUUUAUUGAUUUAUUUACAAUUUACAACAGAUCUGCUUUCCUUUCGGGCGGUUUUGUGAACGUAAUGCUUUAAAUGGUUCCGAUAWACCCCAGAUCUGUUGGGAGUGCCCUCAGAUGCUUUCUGCAUGUGGAGCAGAGUCCUUUUCCCCGUGCUAACGUGGAUUUGGGGUUGGUACCCCAUUCCCCACAUCCUCCCCGCGUUCCCCUCCUCACUGCAGGCAGAGGAAGAUGCUGAGCCCACGUGUGAGUUCUGCAGCAGCGCACUGAGACCGUUCCCCAUCUCCGUGGAUGUUCCCUUCUCCCAGGACAAGGAAGAUGGAUUCUGCUGCGAGCGCAGCCGAGAGCUCUACGAGUUCAUCGUGACGGAGAAGAGGAGGCUGGAGGAUGCAAACAGCGCUGGCAGCACCCAGGAAUCGCACAGCUCUGAGCCCAGCCUGCCAAAGCUGCACCAGGAAUCGCACAGCUCUGAGCCCAGCCUGCCAAAGCUGCUGCACCAGGAAUCGCACAGCUCUGAGCCCAGCCUGCCAAAGCUGCACCAGGAAUCGCACAGCUCUGAGCCCGACCUGCCAAAGCUGCACCAGGAAUCGCACAGCUCUGAGCCCAGCCUGCCAAAGCUGCACCAGGAAUCGCACAGCUCUGAGCCCAGCCUGCCAAAGCUGCACCAGGACCAGAGGCAGCAGAGGAGACAYCUGGCAGGAGAAUUGGCUGAGCAGUCUGCAGAGCCGAGUGCCCCUGAGGGUCCACAGAAAACCAGAGCUGUUUCCUACGAGCGUUCCCAGGAACCCAAAUCUGCCAAGGCUGGGACACCAGCGCCUGCUGGGAGCACAGAGGAGUUUAAACCAAAACCUGAGACCGAGACCAAGCUGCAGCCCCGGCCCGAGCACUCUGGGCUCGAGGAGGAGCCUAAGCCUGAGUCCAGACUGGGAACCCGGCCUGAGGAGGAGCCUGAGCCUGAGACCAAGCCAGGAACCCGGCCUGAGAAGGAGCCUAAGCCUGGGACCAAGCUGGGAACUCAGCCUGAGGAGGAGCCCGAGGAGGAGCCCUGGCCUGAGGAGGAACCUGACUCCGAGUCCAAGCUGCGAACCCGGCCUGAGAAGGAGCCUAAGCCUGGGUCCAGACUGGGAACCCGGCCUGAGAAGGAGCCUAAGCCCGAGUCCAAGCCGGGAACCCGGCCCGAGGAGGAGCCCUGGCCCCAGUCCAAGCUGCGAACCCGGCCCAAGCAGGAACCCGAGGAUGAGUCCUGGCCCGAGGAUGAGCCUGAGCCUGAGUCCAAACUGGGAACCCGGCGCAAGCAGGAGCCAAAACAGGAGCUUGAGGAUGAGUCCUGGCUUGAGGAAGAGCCUGAGCCCAAGUCCAGGCUGGGAACCCAGCGCAAGCACAAGCCCAGGCAGGAGCUUGAGGAGGAGUCCUGGGUUGAGGAAGAGCCUGAGCCUGAGUCUAAGCCGGGAAUGCGGCGCAAGCAGGAGCCCAAAGCCAAGUCCUGGCCCAGGGAGGAGCUCGAGGAGGAGUCCUGGCUCGAGGAGGAGCCUGAGCCUGAGUCCAAACUGGGAACCUGGCGCAAGCAGAAGCCCAAGGAGAAGUCCUGGCCCAGGCAGGAGCCUGAGGAGGAGUCCUGGCCCGAGGAUGAGCCUGAGCCCGAGUCCAGGCUGGGAACCCAGCGCAGGCAGAAGCCGAAACAGGAGCUCGAGGAGGAGUCCUGGCCCGAGGAUGAGCUUUACCCCGAGUCCAAACGCAGAACCCGGCCCAGGCAGAAGCCCAGGCAGGAGCUCGAGGAGUCCUGGCUCGAGGAGGAGCCUGAGCCUGAGUCCAAACUGGGAACCAGACGCAAGCAGAGGCCGAAACAGGAGCCCGAGGAUGAGCCCUGGCCUGAGAUUGAGCUUUACCCCGAGUCCAAACGCAGAACCCGGCCCAGGCAGAAGCCCAGGCAGGAGCCUGAGGAUGAGUCCUGGCUUGAGGAGGAGCCUGAGCCUGAGUCCAAACUGGGAACCAGACGCAAGCAGAGGCCAAAACAGGAGCCUGAGGAGGAAUCCUGGCCUGAGGAUGAGCUUUACCCCAAGUCCAAGCGGGGAACCCAACUCGAGGAGGAGCCUGAGCCUGAGUCCAAGUGGGGAACACGGCCCAGGCAGAAGCCCAGGCCGGAGCUUGAGGAUGAGCCCUGGCCCGAGACUGAGCCUUACCCCGAGUCCAGGCUGGGAACCCAGCUCAAGGAGGAGCCUGAGUCCAAACGGGGAACCCAGCGCAGGCAGAAGCCCAGGCUGGAGCUUGAGGAGGAGCCCUGGCCCGAGAUUGAGCCUUACCCUGAGUCCAGGCUGGGAACCCAGCUCAAGGAGGAGCCCUGGCCCGAGGAGGAGCCUGAGCUUGAGCCUGAUCUUGAGCCUAACCCUCAGCCCUCGGAGGAGUCCCGGCCUGACAAGGAGGGCAGGCUCAGCAAAGAGCCCGAGCUGGGGACCCGGCCCAGCAAACAGCCCCAGCCUGAGCCUGAGCCUGAGCCUGAGCCUAAGCCUGAGCCCCAGCCCGAGCGGCAGCGCCGGCGCGACAAACAGCCCCGGCCCGAGGAGGAGGAGGAGCAGCUCUGCGACAUCAUCCCGGAUUUCAGCCCCCUGGGAAGGAAGGUGGGGAAGGGCAAACUGCUGCAGAAAUACUACAAACACGGACAGAAAUUCCUCACCGUGCUCCCGGACGGAACCUCGCAGUUGUUCUAUCCCUCGGGACACUUGGCCAUCAUCAUCACCCGGGACAGGGAUGAGCUGAUCUGCAUCGUGCAGGACGACGAGCCCAGGACAGCCCAAAUCCGAGCUUUAUUUCAGUCUGACGGCAGAAGCACCUGCUACUACCCCAACGGGGACGAGUGGAUAAACAUGAGUAUCCAGGGUGGGCAGUACCUGGACCAAGCAGGCAACAGGGUGAGGAGGUGGACGUGGCCCAACUCGUCCCCAGGACCCCAGGUSCCCCUGAGCCCCGUGUUCAUCUCGCUGAACCGCCACGUCGGGGUSCGGAUCCUGGCCCAGGACAAGAUCUUCAUCUCCUUCCUGGCCAUGGGGCGCCAGGCCAAGUUCAACAUGGGAGCCAAACUGCAGGGCCGCACACCUGAGCUGUGCAGGGCCCUGAAUGGUCACGCCAAGCCCCCUCCCAGCACAGCAGGAUCUGACACACGACAAGAACAAGCUCGGUAA